AUGUCUUUUGUUGCUCAUGAGAGGAAUUCUAGUUCGUCGGGAUCGGAAGAGGAAAAGAGGGCUCAGAGGUUAGCUUCUGCCAAAAAGAAGCUGCAGACUUACCGAGCAUCUCGCUCGUCCGAGAACUCAGAUUCAAGUCCAAUGGUCUCUUCCUCCUCAUCUUCGUCGAAGCCCCCUUCGCCGACCAAGAUAAUGCCUCUGACGACGGAAGCAAGCAUCAACUCCCCCUUCACCUUCCCUCAAUCUCACUCUCGAUCAUCAAGCAAAGGUAAAGGCAAGGAUAUCGAGCUCGAUCAGCCGGUCAAAUCUAUCACUGGUGGGCAUCGACACAAGAGAUCAGAUAGUCAAGCUCAUCGCCGACAGAGAUCAUCCAUUCCUAUAUCAUCGAGUAUGACUCUGGGUCAGGGACUAUCGAGACCCUCGGUGAUGGGCGUGUUCGACGGUCCCAAGGAAAUCAUCACAACUCCUGCUACACCUUUGCUUGACUCACCUGAUAUCCCGCCAGAACCGAGAAUCUUACCUGAUGAGAAUCACGAAGAGGUUGCAGCUAGAUUAUCCACCUUUUCUUUUGGUUCCAAACCACCUAUGUCAACUUUCCCACCGAAAAGAAGACAGCAGCAACCCCUACUAUCUUCACAAUCUCUCUUUUCGCAAGAUUCAUUCCCGUCAACCUCUCCUCUUGCUUCUCCCACGUCUUCCGCAUCAGCGCCAAACCUCAACAGACUUUCGACGCCCUCUUCGCGACCUCCUAGUUUCCUCCUCACUCAUCCUACUCCUUUAGCCUUUGGUUCACCUACUCCAAGCAAUCCCGCCGGUUCAAGUCUGGCCAGUUUACCUUCAUCACCUCCUACCCCUGCUAGAAAGAGGCAUUCGCAUACUCGUUCAAACUCUAUAUCUCUUCCCAACCUCAAAUUAUCCGGAGCACGUCCUACCUCACUGGGCAUCCCUCCCAGUAUUCCUUCGUCACCAUGCUCACCGACACUAGUCGGUGACAGUGCGAGUCGAUCAAGGUUGUCCAGCCCGAUAACAGGUCAAAGACUAAAAUUCGAACCUUCAGGUAGAGGAGCUGAAGCUGAAAAGGAGAGACAAGAGUCUCGUCGCAAAGCGUUGGAGAAGUUGACCGGUGGACCGUCCGUCACGUCCAAAUCUCCUAUAGUCGAACCUCAAGUUGCUGAAAUUAGUCUCCCUGAUUUGGAUGAUGAAGACUCCUCUUCUGUCGCUUCGUCUAAUCGACCGUUGUCUGGAGCUUUCGGUUCAGGAUCCGGAUCAAACUGCUUCAGUCGCCCAUCUUCACUUACGCUUCCUCCUCUCACCGCUUCUACAGCUUCCUCUGCUUCAGCCAUGUCAUCUUCCACGUUCUCCUGGGGCUCACCAAACGAGCAGCAAUCGCCUGUAGAACGCUGGUCCGGGUUUGGUUUCGGUCUAGCUAAAGAGUACGGAAAAGACGAUGGAAUGAACUUUGGUAUGGAUUUGUCGACAGCUAUGGCCAAAAGACCAUCGAUAAAUCGUCAGCUCAGUGCUUUGGCUGAGGUAGAUGAGUCAGAAGAAGAUGAGGGAGACUUUGCCGAUAACGAAGCCCCAACCGAAAUGGUCAGGACUUUUUCCGAUGAACCAGAAAGUAUGAUCUCUUCUUUUCCCGUGGAACCUACACCUAGCCGUCUUCGAGAGUUACGUUUGGGAUCCAUGACUUCUUCGACGCCUCGUCAAGAAUCAAUGGAUAGCGUUCAUUCUUUCUCAUUCCCUAGACAUCCAAGCGCAUCCCCCUCUGCUUCCUCACCUACUAAAGGCUACGGGUCCAUCGGUCGGGGUAGACCAAAACCACUGACUAUCGGAUCUACCUCUUCCACACCGUCAAAUAUGUCGAUUCCUAAAUCAGCUGGAUUCUCCUCACGUAAGAGGACUGCACCUGGAUCGGGUUCUAGGGGAAGCUCAAUCUCAUAUAGGAAAGACGAUAGUUCUUCCUCGUCUCGUGAUUUGUCCAUUGGAAAUGGAAGGAAUGUCUUCUCUCCCGAGUCCGUGACUUCCCCGCCUUUGCAUCCUACCAGCCCUAAAUUCUCUGGAUGGGGAAACCUUCCAGCUUCAAGAUCAACCACUCGUCCGUGUCCUCGACCUAGAACAUUGGUAGGUUUAGGAAUCGAUAAAACCGGAUCCGGGAGGGUUUUAGGGGAAUUGGAUGAAGUCGACGAAGAGAGUUCGCCUAUCCCAGGAGCAGUAUCGAUGUGGACUUCUCCCAUUCCUGACAACAACGACACGAUCCAUCCUUAUCAUGAUGAGGAUUUCGGCAUACACGAUAGGAGGGAUAGUUUCGCCGACGAAGCUACUUGGAGAGAUGUUCAGCUGGAUAUGGAGAUGGAGAGAGAAGCUUUGAAGGAAGAUGUGGAGUUGCUCAAGAAUAGAUGUGCGAGUUUGGAAGAGAAGCUUGAGAUGGAAAGGAAAGAGAGCACCGUAUUGAGGGAGAGGGUUAGGAAACUCGGCGACCGAUUAUCAAGCGUUUCUUCGGUGCCCACAGACAGAUCUUCCUCCGAUUCUCAUGCUGCCGAAUCACGCUUGAUUGCUGAAAUGCGAGAACAGCUCUUCAACCUUACGACUUCCCUCGAAGCUGAACGCAGAGCAAAGGAAGCUGCUUUAAGCAAAUUAGCAGACAUGCAGCGACCUGCCCAACCCUCAUCGCUAUUCAAUGUAGCAGUAGACGACGAAUCGGUCUUUACUGCGAAAUCAGAACAUCAAGUCUUGUUAACUCCUUCGAUCGCUUCGCCCGUAAUCAUUCCUCCUUCACCCCUUGCCCAACUCGCUUCGUCACCUCCAAUGGAAGGAUCAACGCAAUCCACGCCAGAUCCCAAUUUGGCAAGAAUGAAAGGUUGGGGUUUUCCUAGAGAACCAUCGCCCGUCAAAUCCAACCAAUCGAAGCGAGAAUCAUUCUUCGGAUUGUCAACUGUACUGAAACGAAGUGUCAGCGCGGACGAAGCUGAGACUCACAAUGGUGUGGAUCUCCCAUGCUUCGUCUUACCUAACCAGACCCCGGCUUCGACUGCUCUUGGUGCUUCCUCCACAUCGAUAUCUUUCUCUUACGUUCAACAGCAGCAAGAUGAAUAUGCACCUAGAUCCGUUUCUGAACCAAUAACGAAAUUGGCUGAGAAUUUUUUAUCGGAAGUAGACAUGGAAGCGGAUAUGGGAUUUACAAAUUCAGCUGUAUCGUUCAUCUCAUCUUAUCUACCUAAACAUUCGCCAUCUUUAGAUCUCAAGCGAUCAGAUGUACAUGUCCAACAAAGGUAUAUAGAGAAAGACAAUCAGUUGUACAAGGUAUCGAUGGAGAUAGGUGAACUUGAAAAGUCGAGAUUGGAUUUUAGAGGUUGCUGUAAAUGCUGUACUGGAACUGUCAUUGAAUUGUAG